AUGUCGGGGUCCAGGAGUAUCGCUCGCGUGUACCCUGACGUCAACGAGAAGUUGGGAAGGUCAUGGUGGGACUAUGACAACCUCAUCGUCACUUGGGGCAACCAGGACAACUACGAGAUUGUCCGCAAGGUCGGCCGAGGAAAGUACUCCGAGGUGUUUGAGUCUGUCCACCUCCCCACGAACCAGAAGUGCAUCGUCAAGGUCCUGAAGCCGGUGAAGAAGAAGAAGAUCAAGCGUGAGAUCAAGAUCCUGCAGAACCUGGCCGGUGGACCGAACAUUAUCGGCCUCCUCGACGUUGUGCGCGACUCGCAGUCCAAGACGCCGUCAAUCGUCUCCGAGUACGUCAACAACACCGAGUUUAAGACGCUGUACCCCAAGUUUACCGACUACGACGUGAGGUAUUACAUCUUUGAGCUGCUCAAGGCGCUCGACUUCUGCCACUCGAAGGGCAUCAUGCACCGCGACGUCAAGCCGCACAACGUCAUGAUCGACCACGAGCGGCGGCAGCUGCGCCUGAUCGACUGGGGACUCGCCGAGUUCUACCACCCUGGAACCGAGUACAAUGUUCGUGUCGCUUCAAGAUAUUUCAAGGGACCGGAGCUGCUCGUCGACUUCCAGGAGUACGACUACUCGCUCGACAUGUGGAGCUUGGGGUGCAUGUUCGCGUCGAUGAUCUUCCGCAAGGAGCCGUUCUUCCACGGACACGACAACAUCGACCAGCUCGUCAAGAUCACCAAGGUCCUCGGAACGGACGAGCUCUUCAACUACCUCGAGCGCUACGACAUUGACUUAGAUUCCCAGUUCGACGAGGUCCUCGGCCGCUACCAGCGUAAACCCUGGAGCAAGUUCAUCACGUCGGAGAACCAGCGCUACAUUUCCAACGAGGCCAUCGACUUCCUCGACAAGCUCCUUCGCUACGACCACCAGGAGCGACUCACCGCCCAGGAGGCCCAGCAGCACCCCUACUUUGCCCCCGUCCGCGAGGAGCACGCCCGCAACGCCAAGGCGGCCGCCGCCUCCAAGGCGUAA